CUACCCCCCAGCCCCCAGUCCAAAGACAAGCGCUGUAGUCUGAUUGGCAUUUCCAAAUUGUCUGUAGUGUGUGAAUGGGUGUGUGAGUGUGUGUGUGCCCGGCGAUGGGUUGGUACCCCAUCUAGGGUGUACCCCACCUUGCACCAAGAGUUCCCUGGGAUAGAUUCCAGGCUCCCCGUGACCCUGUGUAGGAUAAGCGAUAUGGACAAUGGAUGGAUGGAUGGAUGAAUAUGUGUACUUCACAGUUGAAAUACGCAAGACUAGUUCUAACCAUAAUCUCUAACUUUUUAAAACAAAGUUCUGUAUUUGGGUAGAUUUACUUUAGAAUGAGUAAAGAGCAAUGUCUUAGCUUCAUAACCAAACAAACAGAGGGCAACACAUUGUUUGAGUGCUAAUGGUAAUGAAAGAGAAGGCAUUGUAUUCGCUAAAGAUAAGAAAUCAUGGGAAACAACAAAGCUUCUCAUGUUAUAUUUGAAAGUCUUUGUUGGGGUGACUAUAGUAUUAUGAAGCCAGCUUUAGCCUUCAGUCACAAACAAAAUUUACUGACCACAGAUGGUCACUGUUACUCAUUCGUACACACACAGCUGCAGACAACACACACAUGUGCCUAUUAGUUCCACAGAACACUUUACAAUGACCGUCAUUGUAAUUUAUAAAAAGAUAAACGUUUAAUACGAUAAUAAUUCAUUAACGUAAUAGAAUUACUUAUUUUGCAGUAUGAAAAGUUCUUUUGUUUUUAAGCCACAAGAUGCAAAGCUCAACAACAGUUAUUCAGCUGUAGAAAUGGCCAGUGUUGUUAAUGCUGCUGCAGUUGCAUGUGGCACACACAUACCAUAAAGCACGGUAUUUCCUGUAUUCUGCUUACUACCAGAGAGUAGGCUGAGAAAUGACAUCAUGAACCGACAGUAACUUGAGAAGAGCUUUGAUCAUAUACAGUAUAUGUACACUGCACACUGCAAUUUCUGUUGUCACUAUCCCAUUAUUCCUCCUCAUUUGAGCCUUGAGCUCUCAACUAUGUUAAGCAAUAUUCUUGGGAACUGCAGUGCAUUAAUGGUAAUGUUGAAAGAAUGUUGAAAGCAUCCUGGGACUGGUCAGUUAAUGGGCACUUAUGUGAUAAUAUAAUAAUAUUAAUAUACCAUGUAAUAGAUUUGGUCAUCAGGCAGUGAAUACAGUCCAUGGUGCACGUUAGUGCAAAGCUGUGCAAAGCAUAAAUCUGAACCAUGGGGGAUUGAGAAAUGAAAUGCAUUAUUGAUUGCAAGAUUUUGGAAUUUCACAUUCUGUGGCAGAAACAUCCUACUACUUCUGCCAUUGCUAAUUGUGGAGGAACGUGAGUUCCUUGUGUGAGUUCUGUGGAGUCCACUGCAUGAAUUGCACAAAUGCAAUUUUUAAAAGUAUUUGACAGCACUAAAACACAUUCAGACAGAAUUGAGGGAUGUGUCCCUAUCUGUGUAACGCACACGAAGUAGUAUGAUUACAUAGUAGUAAUACCAGUGGUGUAUUGACAAUAUAUUUAAAGAGAUAGUAUGCAUUUUAGGAAAAGAACCAAGUGUUUGCAGCUCUGAGGAUAUGAUUAUAUACUGCCAUUACCUCAGUAUUACAGAAGCAUACUGAGUGUUGACUCACUUUUGCUGGAUAUAACUCAGUUUAGAAACAUAUAAAUAUCUGUACAAACAACUCCUGGCUUAGUCACAAGCCAGAUAUCAUGAGUUCUCCAGCUCAACAACUUUGUAACUCAACAACAAUACUAAUUCAUAUCGAGGGCAAAUCGACUGACAGUCAUUUAUUAUAUUCCCAGCAAAAGCUAUUCAGGAAGUUAAAAAAAACUCUCAGUAUUGAAUCAAUUUCCUCCUAUCGUAUCGUAUUGACUCUCACUCUAACUCAUGUUCGUUUACACUCUCACACUCUUCUCUCCCCAGUUGGCUGCUGACUUCUGACUGGCCCUCUAUAGUCAGACUUCUUUCAUGCUUGAAGUUGGGGUGUCAGGACGUUUGACAUAUCUGAGCUGGUGAAUGAUUGGCAGUUCGUAGGAGAGGAGUUAAGCCACUGGGGACGAUGAGACCUUUUGUCAUUGUGGAUGGACACAGGAGGAGCCUGAGUAACGUUUUACGGAAUGGUCACCCAGAGAGACUGGUGUGUGGGCUUCAAAUGGAAAACAGCCUUCUUCUGCUGGACCUGGAAAAGAACCAUGAUCUACUGCCUAAGCUGCCUAAUGUCUUCUACUACCUGCCAAAUGGAAGUGGGGUGUCCAUGGAGGAGAGCCAGGUGGCUCAGUGUUACUAUCAUGGCUCUGUGAGAGAGUUCCCCCAAUCCCGUGUGGCCAUCAGCACCUGCGCUGGCUUACGGGGAGUGAUUGUAAUCAAUGCGAGUUUGAGCUUUGAACUGCAGCCAGAGGAAUAUGAUGAAGGCGUAAGGAGAAGUGGUCAUUCAGAAGAAGAGAAGGAAUUGCACACACUUUACCCAACCCACCAGCUGAGCUCCGAAUCUGGGGGAUGUGGUGUUUCUCACACCUUUAUACCACCCAUUCAGAUUAUUCCACAAAUACACAGGACUAAAAGAGAUAUUCUUUUAGAGACCAAAUACAUUGAGCUGGUAUUGGUGGUUGAUCACAAGGAGUACCUAAAUUAUCAGAAGAACAAGAAGACUAUUAUUUAUCGCAUGCUGGAUGUGGCCAACCAGGUAGACUGGUUCUAUCGGCCACUGAAUGUGCGAGUGGCCCUGGUGGGGCUGGAGAUCUGGAGUGAUCAAGAUAAAAUCCUGAUAGAUAAGAGCCCCAGUGACACACUCAGCCGUUUUUUGGAGUGGAGGAACAGAGAGCUGCUGCCACGACUACGCCAUGACAAUGCACAACUAGUCAUGGGUGAGUCAUUUGAUGGCACAACAGUGGGCAUGGCCUCUCAGUCUUCCAUGUGCACCAAGGACAGAUCUGGAGGAGUUAAUGUGGAUCACCUAGUAAGUGUGCUGGGGGUUGCAUCCACAGUGGCGCAUGAGCUCGGCCAUAACCUGGGAAUGAACCAUGACACAGCUGAACGCCGCUGCCAUUGCCAGAAUGAACCACGACUCGGAGGAUGCAUCAUGGAGCCGUCUACAGGGUUCAUGCCAGGUCAGCUGUUUAGUAGCUGCAGUGAGAAAGAUCUCUCUCUGAGCCUGAUGCAUGGUGGAGGCAUGUGCCUUUUUAAUGUGCCGCAGCCGGAAAAGAUGUUGGGAGGGCCACGCUGUGGCAACCUGUACGUGGAGAAGGGAGAGGAAUGUGACUGUGGCCUACUUGAUGAAUGUAUUGAUCCAUGUUGUAAUGCCAGCACCUGUAAGCUGGUUCCAGGUGCCCAGUGUUCCUCUGAUGGCAUUUGCUGUGAGAACUGCAAACUACGUGUUGCUGGAUCAUUGUGUCGAGAGCCUCUGGGAGAAUGUGAUCUACCAGAGUACUGCACUGGUGCCUCACCACACUGCCCACCCAAUGUGUUUCUUCAGAAUGGUGAGACGUGUCAAGACGGCACCUCCUACUGCUACAGUGGCGUGUGUACCAUUAUGGAUGAGCAAUGUCUAAUGCUGUGGGGAGCCAACUCCACCCGUGCUCCUCCAGUCUGCUUCUCCUCUGUUAACAAACAGGGCAACAUGUUCGGCAAUUGUGGCCAGAUGCCCAAUGGCUCCUAUAUUUCCUGCUCAAAUGAUGAUGUGCAGUGUGGUAGAAUCCAGUGUCAGGGUGGCAGUGAUCGCCCUUUGAUAGACUCAAAUGCAAAGAUUCUGACAACUAAGGUGAAACUAAACAACAGUGAAUUUACCUGUCGAGGAGCAUAUUUCCGUCUGGGUGAUGAUGUCUCUGACCCAGCCAUGGUAGCUCAGGGAACUGCAUGUGCUCCUGGCAAGGUGUGUUUAGACCAGCGCUGCCAGGAUGUGUCUGUCCUUGGUGUUGAGGAGUGUCGUGGGAAGUGCAAUGGCCACGGGGUGUGUAACAGCAAUAAGAAUUGUCACUGUGAUGUGGGCUGGGCUCCACCAGACUGUAAAUACUCAGGACCAGGAGGCAGUGUGGACAGUGGCCCUGCACGUCAGACCAGAGAUUCCAGUCGUAUUCAUGUGGCUCUGCUAGUCAUCUUUUUAUUUGUGCUGCCGGUGAUACUACUGAUCCUGGCACUCCGCUUCCCUCGCUGCCGCCGGAGGUUCUUCUGUUUCAACAACACACCCUUCAGCAAGGCCAGACAGCCCAGCCGAACCCCUGCCACUGAGCGAGCGAAUGCACAUAAUGGAGAGCAGAUCUUGCCGCUGAGGUACCAGUGGACCCCGCAGAAUGACAUCCCACUCACACGAGCCAUCAGUAAGGCUCAGACCAGGCCUGCUCCUCCUACUAAACCUCUUCCACCUGAUCCUGUCUCUAAACAGCCUGUCCAGUCGGCAGUGCAGCGGCCUGCCCCUCCCAACAAACCCCUCCCUCCUGAUCCCGCCCCCUCAGAGAGCAAGAAGCAUCGAAAGUUGAAGGUGACACGACCGGCUGCACCAAGCAAGCCUCUCCCCCCCGACCCUGUCCUGUCUGACAGACAGAGCCAGAAGCAGAUUCCCCCCAGACCUCCAGUUCCGAGGAAGCCUUUGCCCGCAGAUCCCUCUGGUUACCCCGCUCCUCUGCCACUGCUGCCCCCCUCUGAGCCACCAGGACACCACACAGCUGCUGCUGCUUCUGCCCGCUUCAGCCCUUCUGCUGCUGCUGUUCCUUCAAGACGUCCCCUGGUGCCCCCUGUUAGGGCAGUACACCAGCCCAGGAAGUUCCAUACACCUCCCCAAGUGUAAGCAGUGGGCCCUGCAGUUCAGGUUCUGUGUGCUGUGGCCUGGUAUUGUGCUGAGGAUUGACACACUUCUAAUUGCACUGACCAUGAGAGACUCUGCACAGCUGAACCAAUGCCAUGCACCUGAACAAGUUUAUCUAAAUGGAGUCAGGAAGUUCAUUUUAACACAUGGACAAACACAAAAUGAUUAUCCAGUCAAUGCAUUGAUAACGAAAGGCUCAGACACUUUAGAUGUUGACUGAACAAGUCAUCUUACAUGUGCUAAACAGAGUUCUGUAUUUCUGUGUGCCAUCACCGGCUGCAUUGCUGAUAAGUGUCUGUAGGUUGAACAUAGGUUAAGAACCAAUGUUCUACAGUUAAAGGGCUAGAAAUCUAUCCUGUACUUCCAGCCAGUAACUAAGGAUUUUGUAAUUCCAGUUGAUUUGGCAGUAGCUAUGCACUACUGAUUCAGAAAUGAUCCGAAAGGUUUGUUGUUACUGUCUUGAAGCACCACGAUGACCUUGAGAAAGCUACUUAAUAUGUGUUUGUCCUAUGAAAUGAUCAUUCUGUUAAUUUUGUAAAGUUUAAGCAGGAGAUAUAUAGAGGAUUGAACUGAUUGUACUGUGGAGCCCAGGCUGUUUUAUGUGGCACUUAUCUCAGUGUAUAAAUCUCACAUGUCUAUCACUCGAGAGAUGGUCAUUAACUGUCGAAGCAAGAAAAAAUUAGAUGCUGCUGGUCUGGACUCUUUGCCUUUUGUAAAUAGUAAAAGUGUGAUGGGGAUAUUAUUGUUUAUUUUGCAAAAUACAGUAUUUUUAUGCAAUAAACCUGGAACCUGUUUUUAAAAAAUG